AUGGCCAACAAUCAUUGGGGCCCUACACCAUGGGCGGGUUCCGUGGCAAUGUCAAGGAUGAACCAGAGGUUUUCCGAGAAUGACAAUACGGAUAAUAAAUACUCAACGUCAGCACCAAUCUUCAAUGACUUUCAUGCCCCUGAAAAUCUUACCUUCGAAGGGCGGCAAGCAAGGAUUAUACGUUUCGGGGCAUGGAACUUACCAGACCAUGUUGACGAUCAAAGGGGAUACCCCGCUAAUCAUCUUGAGGCUGAAUUUCAGAUAGCAGGAACUCAAAACCCGGACAGGGUUCCCGAAGCCUAUACCGGAAGGUCCACGGAAGAGCAAAUGCUCGACGGAGCUUUUAUGUCGGAAGUAUGCAUUGAUUUGAAUGAAGAAUGCGUAGCGGAAGACCUCCCAGCUAGCGUGGCUCUUUUCCAUCACCAACAGGUUCUUACGGAUGGGAGACGAGAGAAUAGGGAUUUCAUAAGAUACACCGAUCUUUUUACGUCCGAUGGCUGGUUGCAAUUGUUUUCACAACGUUACUGGGUGUUUUUCUUGGGAGAUUUCCAGGAACACAGCUUACCCUACCCAGCCCCAAUUCCCACACUGCCUAUCUUUGUACGAAUAUCAGUAGCAGAUGAAAGCGGAGCCUAUGUCCCGGGGCCUAGGAUAAAUCAUGACCUUGUGCUUAGCUUGGCAGGAAUGACAGCUCUGAAUUUGCUUCUUGCUCCACUAAACAAGAAUGCUGCAGAUCCUCCAGAAUUGAUUGUCAACACCUGGUGGUCGGAGCAAGUGGAUCCCAUGAUGCGUACUGUGCGCCCGCUUCAGGGUCCCACCUAUGGACCGCGAACUGACAUUUACUUUGGGCGUUUCCCCGCAACCAUGCUACCGCGAGACGUGCUUGGGCAAAAAACGGAACAUCUGCCAGCCCUGGAGCCAGAAAUCCCAUUUUUACCGAUUAAUAAUAAUCGCCACUGGUGGUGCAUUAUCAUCGACUCAUAUACGGCGCAUGUCUAUCAACAUGAAUCCGUCGCUCCUGGGGGCUUGAGUGGGCCUGUCACGGCUCGAUUUAUCCAUAAUAUCAACAGGAUACUCAGAGAUCUCCCACCAGAACGGACAGCAGCCCUUAUACAAAGGAGGGCUUUAAAACCUCACACAGAUAAACCAGAUGUAUUGGCAUGGGAAACUACUCAGCGUCAAACUAUACCAUACUUCAGGGCUUAUCAUAUACAAUCCUUACGUGCCGUAACCCACGUAGUUACCAGGCGUCAGAGUAGAAACGGUGCCGAUUGUGGACUUUUUGUAAUAACUUACAUGAGGAAUUUCAUUAAUAGCCUUUCGGAAGGUGUUGUAGGCGCUGAAAAACGCGAUCUUAACGCCCCACCCUUUAACGUCGCUGCAGCACGUAGAAGGAUACACACAACUCUCAAUAUUCAUAGGGAACUACCUCCUCUGAACAACGAAGACUCCCUGGACUCUAUAGGACAACAGUUAGCCAGGCAUCCGGAGGAUUUUCAGCGAGCCCUGUGGCAUCUAGAAAAUGCCGGUGCAAUUCUUAUUUGCUACACAAACACUGAGACUAGAGUACGGAACAAUCCUGAAGGUGGUGCCGAGGUUUUUCAGUUACCGGAUUGCGUACCUCGGGUGGAUUCAAGUGGAAGGGUAACUUGUAAUUGCGGGUUUAGAGUUAUUCCUGUGCCAGAAGAUCAUAAGGUUAUACUCCACAGUACAAAAAUGCAGGAUCUGGCCGAUGUUGCUGCAUGGGAGGAGUCAGAGCUUGGAAAGAUCUCUGCAGCUGAUAUCGCACAAGCCAGGGUGGAUAUAUUGGCAACUAUCACGUUUGCAGAAGGGACGCCAGAGUAUACGGCGGCAUUGGGGGCCGGCGCUUUGCGGAAAAAGGCUUUGGAAACUCAAGUUCUUGCACGUGCCUUGCCAAGACUUCUUGUGGGAAGAAAUUCAAGAGGACCACGGCUUGGAUGUAGAGGUGGAUUUGUGAUGAGUAACCAUACUCCAGCAAUGGCAGCUGAGGACAAUAACUUGAAGGCUUGUGGAUACAGGAUGGAAAACCCAAACCAAACUAACGUUUUGGGGCCAAUUCCACACCGGAAGCCUUAUCCAUUGUGUGUCAACGAGGGUCUUUGGGCCUGGGUUUCUAGGGCAAUAACAGGAGCAGACACACAGACAAAAAGUACUGGGGAUUUUUUACAAAGAAGCAGGAUAAGAGCCAGAAGGCUAUGUGACACUAAGGGUGGAAUAGUGGUAUCCAGAGAAGCACACCAGGAUGCCCCUACAGAUCACUACCAAAUCCCUGUUAUCGCUGAAAACAGAGGAUUCUGGGAGCACGCAGGAAUCUCCACAGCAGCAACACAAGCUGAAGCCCUGGCACGCAAUUUAAGACGAGAGGCGCAGGAGGCUGGUUUUGCCUAUUAUGCACCCUACAACGAUACUUACGAUUCAUUUGACGAAACCUUACCACUCACGUCUGGCAUUCUACCACGCAAAGUGCGACGAACCCGUAAUGUUGAACGAAAUAAACGAAAACUUUAUGAGCACUCGGACUCUGAAUAUGAUACUGAUGGAGCCUUCGAUCCAACCGGCCAGUGCCGUAACAGAAAAAGAUUUAGGCAAUCUGCACUUCCACAAAAUGUGCUGUCCUACGUGAGCGUUGGUCCGAAGGUUCUUGAACGCUCACUUCCAGUAGCACCUUGUUCCCAAGCUCUCGACUGGUAUAUAAAUACUCAUCAGACCAGAGUAAGGACAGAAAAUCUCUCAAAGAAACAGCAAAUGCCUCAGGGGCGCACGCAAAUUAGCGUUUUAAUCAAACAUACAAACGGGGCUGGAGGCAAAGAUCUGAGCUUUCGUUCUGGUACUCUCCCAAAACAUAUCCUGUUGGAGGGUUUUCAGAAUCUUGUUAGAUAUCUUAAGGAACCUCCCCAUGACUUGACCGAGCCAGGGGGAGUACCGAAUGUGGUUCCCCAGAUGGGUGAAACAGAUGAGUUGGAGUAUAUGACAACGACGGGUAUUGCACCUCUGGAUUCUGAGGUAGACUUUGUGGCUUUCUGUGAAAAUCUAGACGCCACUUGGAAUGCAGAUCAUAACUCUACAAGUAUGAUUCAAGUAUCAAGGUGGCCGACCUACUGUAUGAACGCGGUUGACUUCACCUUUACCCAUGGUGGCGUCGAUCAUCCCAUCCCACGGAAUAUGCUGGAUACGUUGGGAGGUGUCGAAUCGGGAAUUCAAGCUUAUAUAUCCCAAUUUAUAGGUCCCCAAUUUGAGUUUACAUUAGAUUACAGGCAAAUGAUGGGCGGUGUAUACGAGCAGCCACAAACCUACUGGGGAAUCCAUGAACCGAUAGUAAAUGGUAUUAGGAUCAUAGAUCCUGCUCAAAGAUUACUGGUAAACAUUACUCUCAAUAUCAGGGCGCUUAACACCAUAAUACUCCACGAGGAGGUGAACUCAUUUGGUGGGCUAACCACUCUUCAUAUUGCCGCAUUGGAAACCAUCAAUGUUUACUUGACUACCCAUUUCACUCAAUUGGAGAAGUUUAAACGAUUCUGCGCCAGUAGAAGCCGUCGAUUGGAGUUUGAGAAUCCCCAACUCUGUUACAACACCGGUCUUGUUCCAGGCGUCUUCGUCUGGACCCCCCUCAACACUCAGGAAUUAUGGGACGCGUUUCUCCUGACAGUUAUCGAUGGGGCUCCAUUUGAAAUGGCUUUUAGAAGACCGAUUUUCUGUACAGGGCACAUCGCCCCCACGGAUACAUUUGGUGGUACCAUACGUUUUCGCUUUGGGCAGCACAGUGUAGGGCCAGAUGUAAUGAUACCAGGGGCAGUUCAUAUCCUUAGAACCGAUAUUAUCAAUAUCCCCGCCAUAGCUCUAGGUAAUGUUCUUAUUACGCACGCAGCUACUCGUGCCCCAUACUCUCAUGUCAUAUGUGAUGGAUCCUUGCCGACACCUCGUGAAAAUACGUUUUCGUACGUCCCACCAGGUAUGGCCGGGAUACUUCUGCUAUUACGAGCGUCACUGGUGAGAGGAGAUUUUGUACUUACGAGAAUUGUGAUCUAUGGAUGGAUGGCUGGUUCAGCAGCAGAGGCUGCUCUGAGGGUAGCGGCGGAUGCGGCUAGAGUCGUCCGAGACGCUGUACGGGCUGUUGACGAUGCAGCACACCCAAAUAAUCCACCCAGAGACGCCCGCUGGGUGCAGAGACAACAGCAGCUGGUAGAUGAGUAUAAUAAGAAAAAUAUGCCAGUACCGGUACCGGCACCGGCGCCGCCAUAG